UAUUAAAAUGCGUGUGUGCAAACAACCACGGCAACAAUGUGACACAUUCCCUCAGUGGGAGAUAGCCAUUCAGGAAGAGAAGAAGAAGAAGAAGACCACGGCAACAAUCUCGGUGAUCGGGCACGUCCGAACCACGUGUGGUGCGGCGCCUCCUUCCCCCUCCUCGCUUCAGGUUGCCAACACUGCCGUAGUCUGGAUAUAGUUAUGUCGUCAUCGUCGUCGUCUGUUGUUGGUGGUGGAUGAUAAAGGAUAAACAAAAGCUUGAUGCAGCGGGGAUUUAUCACGCGGUAACAUACACCAACGGGCCAGUAAGGCUCGGUUUCAAGAAUUUGGAAAUUGGAAAAUUGGAGAACUCGGUUUGGAAGAGAUUUUUUUUUCUCUACGAGGGUACAAUAUAUAUAGACAACUGCUACCAUCGCCAAGGGUCACUGUUCUCCCUCUGUGAUAAUGGCGUUGACUAGAAGAGCAACACAUCGCGGCAGUUGGUAUACCGAUUCUGGGCACGAGUUGAGUAAACAAUUGGAAGAUUGGCUGAACGGAGCUGACUUGAGCCACGGACCGGCCAGGGCGAUCAUUGCGCCUCAUGCCGGGUACAGCUACUGCGGCGCUUGCUCCGGUUUUGCUUAUCGGCAAAUUAGUCCAGCAGUCGUACGUAGGAUAUUCAUCUUGGGACCAUCUCACAAUGUUAGACUGCCAGGAUGCGCUCUUUCCUCCGCGACUUCUUAUCAAACUCCUCUGUACGACUUACCAAUAGAUAAUCAAGUCUACAGAGAUCUCGAAGAAACUGGACAGUUUGAGUGGAUGGACAUGAACACCGAUGAGGAUGAACACAGUAUCGAGAUGCAUUUACCAUUCAUUGCGAAAGUUAUGGAAAACUUCAGGGAUUCCUUCACCAUUGUGCCCAUUUUGGUUGGUUCAUUGAGUCCAGAGAAAGAAUCUAUUUAUGGAAGACUUUUAGCCCCGUACUUAGCAGAUCCUCAGAGUUUAUUCGUUAUAUCGUCGGACUUUUGUCACUGGGGUCAGCGUUUUCGAUACACUCAUUACGAUCGUUCCGCCGGCCCGAUCUAUCGUUCCAUUCAAAAUCUUGAUAAAAUGGGAAUGGAUAUAAUAGAAACACUCAAACCCGCGGGUUUCACAGAAUAUCUCAAAAAAUCUGGCAAUACAAUAUGUGGACGUCACCCUAUCGGGGUACUCUUGCAGGCGAUCCAGUACAUCGGAACCCGAGGAAACGGUCAACGAAUGAACUUGAAGUUCUUGAAGUAUGCUCAAAGUAGUCAGUGCAACAAUAUGAACGACAGUUCGGUCAGUUACGCAAGUGCUUCCCUCGUAGUAGAGUAGUAGAGCCAGUUGUCAUUUUAUUUCUUUUAUAUUUUGUUUUUUUUCCCCGAUAUAUCAAUUGCGCUCGUUUUAUUAUUAACCACCGUUAAUUGACUGUUCGUUGACUGAUAUCGCGAUAUUAUUGAAGAUGCAUUGAAGAAAGAUUAAAAAAUUGAGAUAAACAAGGAGAAGAAGGUUGUGAAGAUUUAUUGAAAAUAAAAGACAAACGUAAUGAGAUGAAAAAUGAUAUCCGUCGAUGUUGUUCAAGUGACGUAUAUCGUAGAGCGAGAGAAUCAUUCGUUAUUUAACUAUAAAAUUGAUAUUUUCUCUCUUUUCUUAAUAAACUCUCAAUUCAUGGAUAGCCAACGGCGCCGCGCACGCUUACGACGUCUGUCAUUAAUAUGUUUAUUUUUUCUUCAUGGUAAUAAUAACAACAAAUAAAAUUAACAAUAAACAAGUGUGUUAACUGUGUAAUAUGAAACGGUGAAAACUUAUUGAACGUUGUUAUCUAUUUUUGCAGUAAACAUUUGGCUCGGAUGAA